CGAGUCAUGCAGUCUUUUCGAGAAAGGUGUGGUUUCCAUGGCAAACAGCAGAAUUACCAGCAGACCUCACAGGAGACAUCACGCCUGGAGAAUUAUAGGCAGCCGAGUCAGGCCGGGCUGAGCUGUGAUCGGCAGAGGCUGCUCACCAAGGACUAUUAUAACCAGCAGCCUUACCCAGGCUACGAGGGUGGCACAAGUACACCCGCCAGCUCAGCAGCGGCUGUGGUGACCGAGAAGUACCACCGAGGCAGCAAAGCCUUGCCCUCACAGCAGGCUCUGCAGGGGCGGCCAGCUUUCCCCAGCUACAGUGUGCAGGACAGCAGUGCAUACCCAGGCCGCUACUCGAGUGGGGAGGAGAGCCUGCAGGCUUGGGGGGCCCCACAGCCACCACCCCCGCAGCCACAGCCUCUGCCUGGGGGCGUGGGCAAAUAUGAUGAGAGUUUGAUGAAAAAGACAGCGGUGCCCCCCAGCAGGCAAUAUCCGGAGCAGGGUACCCAGCUGCCCUUUCGGACUCACUCCCUCCACAUGCAGCAGCCCCAGCAGCCCUUGGUAUACCCCAAACUCCAGAGGCAGAAGCUGCAGAACGACAUCACCUCGCCGCUGCCCUUUCCCCAGAGCAGUCACUUUCCCCAGCACUCCCAGUCCUUCCCUGCGUCCUCCACCUACUCCCAGUCUGUCCAGGGUGCUGGGCAAGGGACCCACUCCUACAAGAGCUGCACGGCACCAUCCGCCCCGUCCCAUGACAGGCCGCUGACGACCAACGUCAGCUUGGCCCCCGGGCAGCGGGUCCAGAACCUUCAUGCCUACUCGUCUGGCCGCCUCAGCUAUGACCAGCAGAAGCAGCAGCAGCAGCAGCAGCAGCAGCAGCAGCAAGCCCUUCAGAGCCGGCACCAUGCCCAGGAAACCCUCCAUUACCAAAAUCUCACCAAGUACCAACACUAUGGGCAGCAAGGCCAGGGCUACUGUCAAGCAGACACAGCUGUCCGGACUGCCGAGCAGUACUACCAGACCUUCAGCCCGAGCUCCAGCCACUCGCCCGCGCGCUCCGUGGGCCGCUCCCCGUCCUACAGUUCUACCCCAUCACCACUGAUGCCAAACCUAGAGAACUUUCCCUACAACCAGCAGCCGCUUGGGACUGGGGCCUUCCCCGCUGGUAUCACUGACCACAGCCAUUUCAUGCCCCUGCUUAAUCCCUCUCCCACGGAUGCCACCAGUUCCGUGGACCCCCAGGCUGGCAACUGCAAGCCCCUGCAGAAAGACAAGCUCCCCGAGAGCCUGCUGUCAGAUCUGAGCCUGCAGAGCCUCACAGCCCUAACCUCCCAGGUGGAGAACAUCUCCAACACUGUGCAGCAGCUGCUGCUCUCCAAGGCCACUGUACCACAGAAGAAGGGGGUCAAGACCCUCGUGUCCAGGACCCCGGAACAGCUCAAGAGCCAGCACUGCAGCCCUGAGGGCAGCAGCUACUUGGCCGAGCCGGUGGGCACACCACUGUCGGAACCACUGAGCAGCACUCCGCAGUCCAUCCAUGCCGAGCCCCCGGAGGCCGACUACCUCAGUGGCUCCGAGGACCCUCUGGAUCGAAGCUUCCUCUACUGCAACCAGGCCCGUGGCAGCCCUGCCAGGGUCAACAGCAACUCUAAGGCCAAGCCUGAGUCCGUGUCCACCUGCUCUGUGACCUCACCGGACGACAUGUCCACCAAGUCUGAUGACUCCUUCCAGAGCCUGCACAGCAGUCUGCCACUAGACAGCUUCUCCAAGUUCGUGACAGGUGAGCGUGACUGCCCACGGCUUCUGCUCAGUGCCCUGGCGCAGGAGGACCUAGCCUCUGAGAUCCUGGGGCUUCAGGAAGCCAUGGGCGAGAAGACCAGUAAGGCCUGGGCUGAGGGGCCUGGGCUGGCCAAGGAUGCCAGCAAGCCAACCUUCUCUCUGGAGAACCACAGCGCCUGCUUGGACCCUGGGGUCAAGAGUGGGUGGCCACGACCUGGGGAAUCAGAGACCCUGCCAGACCCCUUGCAGUUGGACAAGAGCAGCGGCACCAAGGAAUUCAGCCCAGGGCUGUUUGAGGACCCCUCCAUGGGUUUCAACACCCCUGACCCCAAAAAGACGACCGGGUCCCUCUCCUUCAGCACCAAGACCCCCCUUGGGGUGACCCCUGCGGACCCUGCCUCAGCAGCCUUCGACUGCUUCCCGGACACAGCCACCACCAGCUCAGCAGAUGGCGCCAACCCCUUUGCCUGGCCCGAGGAGAACUUGGGUGAUGCCUGCCCCCGCUGGGGACUGCACCCUGGUGAGCUCAACAAGGGCCUGGAGCCCGGUGGGAAGGCCUCAGAAAGCAUCAUUAAAGAGGGUGCCCAGGAGGCGCCCGCCUGCCUCAACUUCCAAGGGGAAGAACCUGUCGGGGAGAAGGCAGCCUUGCCAGGGGACUUCAAGCAGGAGGACGCGAGUGGGGUGAAGGAAGAGGCUGGGGGUCUGCUGCAAUGCCACGAAGUAGGCAAGGCCGACCGGUGGCUGGAGGAGAGCCGGCACUGCUGCACUACCACCGACUUCGAGGACCUUCCGCUGCUGCCGCCCACCAGCAGGAAGGAGGAUCUGGAGGCUGAGGAGGAGUACUCUUCCCUGUGUGAGCUCCUAGGCAGUCCGGAGCACAGGCCCAGCCUACAGGACCCGCUGUCCCCCAAGGCCCCUCUGGCCUGCACCAAGGAGGAGGUAGAAGAGGCCCUGGACUCAAAGGCUGGCUGGGGCUCACCCUGCCACCUGUCUGGGAACUCCGUCAUACUGCUGGGCCCCACCGUGGGUGCUGAGUCCAAGGUCCAGAGCUGGUUCGAGGCCUCCCUGUCCCACAUGAAGCCUGGUGAGGAAGGACCUGAAGGUGAGCGGGCGCCAGGAGACACUGCCACCCAAGACACCUCACUGGCCCCAAAGCUCAACAAGCCUGCCGUGCCAGACACCCCCAUUGCCAAGAAAGAGCCGGUACCUCGGGGCAAAAGCCUGCGGAGUCGGCGGGUGCACCGGGGGCUUCCUGAGGCCGAGGACUCCCCAUGCAGGGCGCCGGUACUGCCCAAAGACCUUCUGCUUCCCGAGUCCUGUGUAGGACCCCCCCAGGGGCAGAUGGAAGGGGCAGGGCCCCCAGGCCGUGGUACCUCAGAAGGGCUCCCCAGGAUGUGCACACGCUCCUUCACAGCCCUGAGUGAGCCCCGCACGCCCGUCCCCCCAGGCCUGCCCACCACCCCUGCACCUCCAGAUCGGCUUGGGGGCAAGCAGCGAGCGGCCUUCAAGUCAGGCAAACGGGUGGGCAAGCCCUCGCCCAAGGCCGCGUCUAGCCCCAGCAAUCCUGCUGCCCUGCCCAUGGCUUCUGACAGCAGCCCGAUGGGCUCUAAGACCAAGGAGCCAGACUCCCCCGGCGUCCCUGGAAAAGACCAGCGCUCCAUGAUCCUCCGCUCUCGCACCAGGACCCAAGAGGCCUUCCAUGCCAAGCGGAGGCGGCCAGUGGAGAACCGGCUACCCAACUGCCGUACCGCCAAGAAACUCCUUACCAACAACCAUCUGCCUGCACCCUUCAAGGCCUCUGGCAGCCCCCAGAAGGAGGGCCGGGUAGGCCAGCGGGCACGAAUUCCCAAGCCUGGCGGGAGCAUCGGUAAGGCAUCAGAGCGGCCUCUGCAUGCGCUCAAGCGGAAGGCCUCCUUCAUGGCACCCGUCCCCACCAAGAAGCGCAGCCUCGUGUUGCGGAGCAGUGGCAGCAGCUGCAAUGGGGACACCCACGAGGAGAAGGCCGAGGGCGCCCUCGCCCUCUUCAAGAGGUUGUCUUCUCCCAAGAAAGCCAAACUGGUCAAGGGUACUGGUGGUGAGCCCCUUGCCAAGCCCCCGCCCCCAGAGACCCCCAGCGUCUGUAUCAAGAUGGCCUCAAGAGCGGCGUUCCAGGGGGCCAUGAAGACCAAGGUGCUGCCCCCCCGCAAGGGCAGGGGCCUGAAGCUGGAGGCCAUUGUGCAGAAGAUCACCUCGCCCAGUCUCAAGAAGUUUGCGUGCAAAGUGGCUCCUGGGGCCGCACCUGCUGACCCCCUGAGCCCGGCCCUCCCUGAGAAGGAUCGGGGGUUCAAGAGCUUGGGAGGCAGCCCUGCAGGGACAGAAGAUGGCCUGCUAACCCCUGGUGUGGGACAGAAGCUCCCCACAGCUCUGGGGGCUGACCCAUUAUGCAGAAAUUCAAACAACAGAUCCCUAAAAGGCAAACUCAUCAACAGUAAGAAGCUGUCCUCAAGUGACUGUUUCAAAACGGAGGCCUUUACAUCCCUGGAGGCCCUGCCACCUGGAGGGACUCCCUUGACAUCUAAGAAGAGAAGCAGGAAGGGCAGGGCCGGAACUCUGGGACUCCCUAAGGGCUCUCUGGAUAAACGGCCCCACCUGGGCCCAGCUCUGCUCCCGACCCCCCGAGACAGGGCCAGUAGCAUUCAGGGGGAUGAUGAUGAGGUCUCUGGUGGAGGAGGCAAAAAGCCAAAGAUGGAGGAGUUGAGCCUGUACUCCCAGUGCUCUGAGGGCCUGCCUGGCCAGCCCCAGACCAGGGCACAGAAGCAGCCUAGUCAUGUCAACUACAGCAGCUAUUCCAAGCGGAAGCGGCUCACACGGGGCCGGGCUAAGAACGCCACCUCCUCGCCCUGUAAGGGGCGUGCUAAGCGGCGGCGGCAGCAACAGGUGUUGCCCCUGGAUCCUGCGGAACCUGAAAUCCGCCUCAAGUACAUUUCCUCCUGCAAACGACUCCGGGCUGACAGCCGGAUCCCUGCCUUCUCCCCCUACGUGCGGGUGGAGAAGCGAGAUGCAUUUACAACUGUAUGUACUGUUGUCAAUUCUCCCGGGGACGAGCCCAAGUCCCACAGGAAGCCUUCGUCCUCCACCUCCUCCUCUUCUUCCUUAUCCACAUUCUCCUUGGACGUGGCUGGAGCCUCCCUGGCCAUGCUUCCUGGAGGCUCUGUCCUCCAGCCCCAGCCCUCCCUGCCCCUCUCCUCCACCAUGCACCUGGGGCCUGUGGUCUCCAAGGCCCUUAGUACCUCUUGCCUUGUUUGCUGCCUCUGCCAAAACCCAGCCAACUUCAAGGACCUCGGGGACCUCUGCGGCCCCUACUACCCUGAACACUGCCUCCCAAAAAAGAAGCCAAAACUCAAGGAGAAGGUGCGGAUGGAGGGUACCUGCGAGGAGGCCUCCCUGCCCCUAGAGAGAACACUCAGAGGCCUCGAGUGUGCUGCCGCUGCCGCUGCCACCGCCACCGCCACCGCCACCACCACCACCGAAAAGCCCCCCAGGCCUGAGGGCCCAGCUGACCCAGCCAAGCAGGGCUCACUGCGCAUCAGUGCCCGGGGCCUGUCCAGGCGGCUGCAGAGCUGCUACUGCUGUGAUGGCCAGGGAGAUGGUGGUGAGGAGGCAGCCCCAGCUGACAAGAGUCGUAAGCAUGAGUGCAGCAAAGAGGACCCGGUGGAGCCCAGCGGAGGCACCCAGGAGCACUGGGUGCACGAGGCCUGUGCUGUGUGGACAGGCGGGGUCUACCUGGUGGCCGGGAAGCUCUUUGGGCUACAAGAGGCCAUGAAGGUGGCUGUGGACAUGACAUGUUCCAGCUGCCAAGAAGCCGGGGCCACCAUCGGAUGCUGUCACAAAGGAUGCGUCCAUACCUACCAUUACCCGUGUGCCAGUGAUGCCGGUUGCGUCUUCAUCGAAGAGAACUUUUCUUUGAAAUGUCCCAAGCAUAAGGACCCUGCUUUGGGAGGGAUUUUUCCCGCCUACACCAGGAGUCCCUAUGCCUACCUCACCCCACCCCCAGCUCCGUGA